CAUCGUGAGCGCGCACCUCAGUCUGCAGAGUUUGACGCCUGACUUUCAUAGCGCAGACGCGUCAGACAGGGACCAGUAGGCUAAACUAUGCGGGAUAUUUCUCAGUAACUGUGCCGAAUUUAUUUUCUCCACGGCGAUAAGAAGUUCGGCGCCUGUGAUCUCAUGUCUGACCGUGAACGGAGCUAUAUUACCCUCCACCUGCACCUCAUUGUUUCGGAGUUUUGCUCUCAGUGUCUGAGGGCGCGUAACUUUCAGAAGAAGACAAACACUGGGAUUGUGAGGCACUUUGGCACAAGACGGGACAUCGUGUGAGCCAGGCGUCAGGCAUAGGAGUCAACAAGUUGCUCUCAUUUUGUGGGUAGAGGAGAGCGAUUAUGAAAGCUUGACGUUGGAAAGUUAAUUAACAACAACAACAAAAAACUUUCUGAAGUAUUUUCAGUAAAUCGUUUAUUUGAGCCACUGGGAGGUGAACGGGACAUUUACUGAGUUCUUGUUUCACCAUGAGUGGACCGGUGCUUUUCCAGAUGUGGAUGGUUUUAUUGUUGGGGAUUAUAACCAGGGUCGGGAUGACUCAGGUCUCCACCGCCAAAGUGAUGAGGGGUAACGUCAGGAGAGACGACAGCAAUCGCCUCACCACAGACUUGUUCCGCAAAGAGGAAAACACCACAGUAACACCACUGGGUGGAGCCAUCCACAGCCCCCGCUACCCCAACGCUUACCCCCGCAAUCUGAUGUUGUCAUGGAAACUGCUGUCACCACCAGGGAGCCGCAUACACCUGGAGUUUGACGGACACUUCGGCCUGGAGGAGGCUGAGAAUGGAGUGUGCAGGUAUGACUUUGUUGAAGUGGAGGACCAAUCAGAGACCAGCACUAUAAUUUGGGGUCGCUGGUGUGGGCAGAAGGCACCACCUAGUCUCAACUCCAAAACCAACUCUCUCAGAGUCACCUUCAAGUCUGAUGAUUACUUUGUUGCAAAGCCGGGAUUCAAAGUCUACUACUCACUGCUGUAUGACUCUCCUCUGCCUGCAUCCAUCACCAACUGGGAGGCUGUCACUUUGCCCAUGUCGGACAGUGGUGGAGGGCAGAUGCCAGCGACUGUCACAGAGGUUCCUUUCUCACUGGAGGACUUGGACCGGACCAUAGCUGCCUUUGACACUGUAGAACAGCUUCUCAAAUCCCUGAGCCCAGACACCUGGAAACAGGACCUGGACAGCAUCUACACUCAAACACACAUACAUUACAGAUCCAGGGCCUAUUAUCUGGCAAGCAGACAUAAUAAAAUCGAUCUGAACCGUCUCUAUGACGACGUCAAGCGGUACAGCUGUACUCCUCGCAACUACUCUGUAAACCUGCGUGAGGAGCUGAGGGUCACCAAUGCUGUCUUCUUCCCUCGAUGUCUGCUGGUCAAACGCUGUGGAGGCAACUGUGGCUGCGGAACCAAUAACUGGAACAACAGCUGCACCUGUCAGGCCUCCAAGACAACAGUCAAACUACACGAGGUGCUGAAGUACGCCCCAGAGGUCACUCUGAAUCAGCGCCAUCGGAAGCCGCGGAUGCACUGGGUCAUACAAGAGAUCUUCCUCGCACACCAUGAAACAUGCGAGUGUGCGUGUCCCUCCCAGCCCCCUCGCUGAGACACACAGACUGGCACAUGCAUCUGGAACUGUUGGACGAGUUCUUUUUUUUUUUUAAAUCUAUUUUGCAACUGACUUCAUUUAAUAACAGCAACGCAGACACACAUGCAGCACAGAAGAAGGCAACAAUCUGACUGACAAACCGCAGCUCCUAUCAUACACAAUGACAUUUGUUCUUGCAAGCAAACCACCUACCUUCCUCUGUACAGAGACAAAUGUAUAAAUGUUUCCAGCCAAACACGUUUGUUAUUGAACUUUCCUGCAAGCCUAAAUCUUCUGUGUUGACACCACAUUUAAACAUCACUUGUGUGCCAUAAAGUGUUAAAAUAACAGUGGACCUUCUCCAGAAGAAUUCACUUUCAAUUCAAAGUUAUUUCCUCCAAAAUCUAAAUACUGAAAACCAUUUGGAUACAAAAAAAUACCAUACACAUUGUGAAGAAAUAACACCUAUAUCGUAUCAAACUUACAUUUACAUUUUGAUUAAAGGAGUUUAAUGGAUGCCAACUUGAUUGAACUGAAAUUUAAGUGACUCCAACUGCUGUGUAAACAGUUGUUUUUUAUUCAUAUUUCACAUGUACGUAUUUGCGUUUCUUCGUGUUAUAAUAAGACACUUGAAGUACUCUAGAAACUUCAGGCAGAUCUUCCGCCAGGAGCAUGCUGAGAUGAGUGAGCGUGAGACAGAAGGAAGGAGGGAGAGGGGUUGGAGGAAGUGUAAACCAAAAUAACACUUUAUCUUGAUGUGAAAUUAGGCUAACCACAACCCUCCAGAUCUGAGUUGCAUGCUAACACACACACACACACACACACACAAACACUUUCACUCUAGGCUUCCACUCCUACCUAAAGAUAAAAACUAGUUAUUUAUACUGAAUUUUUUUACUGCAUUAUUUUUCAGUGAGGCCCUCCUUUGUUCUGCACACAUUCCUGUCUGUGUAUAAUUCUCGCUUCCCUUUGUCUGUCCUUCUAUCCCUACGCUUCCUGCUCCUUUUCCUUCUUUCCUUCUCACUGACUCUGUCUCCCUCUCUCUCUCUCUAAUGCACACACACACUCUUUCUCCCUUUAUCACUCACUCUCUAACACAUCAAAGGAGAAGUCAGAUCAGGCUUUUCUGAGCGUUCCUGACUUUCGACUGCUAACAGGAAUUCUGCUAACACGGAUAAAACCAUGAUCCUCAGACCCUGAACACAUAAGAGGAAAGAGGGACAGACACUCAGGAAGAGAGACGGAGAGUUUUUUAGGAGGGGCGACUGAGAAAAGGGACAAUCAAGCCGCCUAUUUGUAGAUUAGCAGCACUCCUGGAUGAGAGCCGAGAGAGGAGCCACUUUCAAGAUACAACCCAUAAAAGAUUGCAGCUAUUUCAGCGGUUUCAGUCAGCAUGUUCAUGUACUCAGCUCGCCUGAUUUUUAGUGCUUUUUUCCUCAUGAAGAUGCUCAUACGUAUCACAAUCUGACCCACUGGUUUGCACAUCUGCAGCAGCGCCACAGUGAAAAAGAGAUCUGUGGGAAUUAGAGUAAUGUUCUUGGUCUUGGCUGAAAAUACAACUGAUACUUCAGUGUGUGUGUGUGUGUGUGUGCGCGUGCGUGCCAGUCUGCCUGUAAUAGCUCAGGAAGAGGUCCUUUUGUUUAAGGGGUGGAGGGUUACCAACAGUCUGUGAGAGCUGGCAGGAGAUACAAGCAUGUGAAUGGUCGGCAUGUGACUGUUCGUGCAAGUGUGUGUGUGUGUGUGUGUGUGUAGGUAAAUAGAGUAUUCAAAGCAGUAGAGCAAGAAUUCAAACUAACUGCUUUUCAUUUCCAUACACACGACCCAGCUGUGAGAAAUAAAAGACACUGUCAUCGGUCCAUCAUCACCCCCCCAUGUGUCCCACCAACACACGCUCAGGCCCGCUUCGCUUCACAGGCUGGAUUUACACAGAUAAAAUGGGAUUUUACACACUACUUUUGUUCUAAAGGCAGACAAAAAGAAUAAACUGGACACUGAGACGAUUCCUCGGUCACAGUGAAACCCGAUCAGCUGUGUGAUGGCUGUGUCUAUGUGCAUGUGUGUACUGUAAGUCAAGGGUGUUAUUUGGCAGGUGUGGGAUACAAAACACUCCAAAAGUGUGCCCAGUUGUGCGGUAGUGACAUUCCAAGUAAGUGUACACAUGCACACACAUACACACACACACAGUUGUUUUGGGCUGUAGUUCAUCUAAGAAAGCAGCCACAUUUUGCUGUCAAGCUUUUCUCUUCUGUUCUCUUGCGAAGUUUGCUUUCAUUCCUGUGUGUCGCAUUUUGAAACACAAAGAUAAACACCAAGCUCAUGCAGAGUUGGUGAUUAGUUCAAAUUUCACAGAGCACGGUUGGCAGGUAAAUUACCCCUUGAUAUUUUCAGUAGCUAACGAGCCAGAUGGUGAUUAGGAACGUGUCAUUUUCCAAGGUGCUUUGCUGAAAAAUGUAUAGUUACUUUACCAACGACUAUGUUAGAGUUUUUAUGAAAUCUGCUGCCAACAGGAGAUAUAUUGCAAAUGUGUGUAUUGUAAAUGUAUGUAAGGGGUGUGUGUUUGUGUGUGUGUAUCCUGUGUCUGCCAGUUUGCUGGCGUUAUCAGCACAUUCCAUUGUUGCAUGCUCCAAAGUGACAUUCCUCUUUUUCCUCAUAGCUGGUUUGUUUUCUCCUCCAGUUCUUUACAGUAGAAUCACAUAUAUUUCAAUGCCAGACAUUUAAACCUGCUUGUGCUUUAUUGUCUCCUUUUUUUUUUUUUUUGGUUUAUUCACUUCAACUACUGUAAGAGCAUCGAAACCACACAUUAGACCUUUGAGGAAAUUUCGGGUUAUCAUGCUUUCAGUAAGAUUUGGUCCAGAGUUUCAGCUUCCCCUCUGAGGAUUGUGGGGAUUGUACUGUCAUAUUUUGACGUUAGUUUUAGCAAAACCCAGCUUUGCUGAAUUCAGAAAAAUGUCCAUGACAAAACUGUAUGCAUUACUUAAAUAAUUUAUUGUGUCUUUCUCUAUUGUUUUAUUAAAAAUAUCAGAUGGUUGGUCUUGAUAAAUAAAGUGUUUCUAGCA